AUGUCUGACGUUGAAGAACAAUUUGAAGUUGAAGAACAACAACCAGUUGUCCAAGAAGAAUUAACCAUUGUCAACUUGGCCACCCCAAUCCCACUUGAUGUCCAAGAAGCUCAACGUGAAGUCAAGUUGUUCAACAAAUGGUCAUUCCAAGAUGUUGAAGUCAAGGACGUUUCAUUAGUUGACUACAUCCAAGUUGGCCAAGCCGUCUUUGUUCCACACACUGCUGGUAAAUACGCCACCAAGAGAUUUAGAAAGGCUCAAUGUCCAAUCGUUGAAAGAUUGACCAACUCAUUGAUGAUGAAUGGUAGAAACAACGGUAAGAAAUUGAAGGCUGUCAGAAUCGUCCAACACGCUUUGGAAAUCAUUCACGUUUUGACUGAACAAAACCCAAUCCAAGUUGUUGUUGAUGCCAUCAUCAACUCUGGUGCUAGAGAAGAUUCCACCAGAAUCGGUUCUUCAGGUACCGUUAGAAGACAAGCUGUUGAUGUCUCCCCAUUGAGAAGAGUAAACCAAGCUAUUGCUUUGAUUACUAUUGGUGCCAGAGAAGCUUCAUUCAGAAACAUCAAGACCAUUGCUGAAUGUUUGGCUGAAGAAUUGAUCAAUGCUGCCAAGGGUUCUUCUACUUCUUAUGCCAUCAAGAAGAAGGAUGAAUUGGAAAGAGUUGCUAAAUCUAACCGUUAA